AUGGCGAACACUACUACUCUCAAGGAGUUUGAAUCUGUCUUUCCAAAAUUGGUCGAGGACUUGCUUGCCCAUGCCCAAAAGUACAACCUCCCACAACAAGGUCAAGAUUGGCUUAAAGCUGUGAGUGUCUUUUCACGAGGAUGUACGAAUCACAUAUACUGAUUCUUUUUCAUUUAGUGUCUAUAUGCCAACACAAUUGGCGGAAAAUGCAAUCGAGGGAUGUCUGUCCCUGACUCCGUAUCUCUCCUUCUCGAAGCUCCUCUCUCCAAAGAACAAUAUUUUGAAUCUGCCACGUUGGGGUGGAUGACCGAACUUCUCCAAGCUUUCUUUCUUGUAUCGGAUGAUAUUAUGGAUGGCAGCAUUACUCGCCGCGGUCAACCUUGUUGGUACAGACAACCAAAUGUUGGUAUGAUUGCUAUUAAUGAUGCUUUCAUUCUCGAAUCUGCGAUCUACUCUCUGUUGAAGAAAUACUUCCGCUCUCACCCUUCCUACGUUGAUCUCAUCGAACUCUUCCACGAAGUUACAUACCAGACAGAGCUCGGUCAAUUGUGCGACUUGUUGACUGCACCAGAGGACAAGGUCGAUUUGGACAACUUUUCCAUGACAAAGUACGACUUUAUCGUCACCUAUAAAACCGCUUAUUACUCUUUCUACCUCCCAGUCGCUCUUGCCCUUCACCACCAGAAGAUCGCUACCCCAAAGAACCUUAAGCAAGCGGAGGAUAUCUUGAUUCCACUCGGCCAAUAUUUCCAAAUCCAAGAUGAUUAUCUUGACAACUUUGGUCUACCAGAGCACAUUGGGAAGAUCGGUACCGAUAUUAUGGACAAUAAGUGCUCUUGGCUCAUCAACCAAGCAUUGGCCAUUACAACUCCUGAGCAGCGUAAGAUUCUCGAGGAAAAUUAUGGUCACAAAGAUAAGACAAAGGAAGCCGCAGUGAAGAAACUCUUCGAUGAACUUAAGUUGAAGCAGAUCUACGAGGAUUAUGAGGAGAAGCGAGUUGGCGAAAUCAAACAAAUGAUUUCCCAGGUUGAUGAGUCAGAGGGUCUGAAAAAGACUGUAUUUGAAAGCUUCUUGAAGAAGAUCUACAAGAGAAGCAAGUAAACAGGCUGGACCAUUAAUUGCGGGCGUAUUUCUUUACACUAAUGAGCAGCAAGCAAUCUUCCCAAAAUUCGUUGAGAUUUAUAGAACAGAGUUGUAAUAUACCCCGAUGGAUACUUAUACUCUAUCUUGUAGUAAUCGGCAAUUGUUUAAUUCCAUUAUUCAUGGGUUCGCUCUCUGUCAUGAUUUCUUUCACCAUGUUCAUGAAUCCUAUGGCACUAGAUACCAAGUCCUUUUACUAUACGGAGCUAUAAGUAUAUUCUGCGCCCAACCGGCUUGUUUUUAAACUUUCGAUCUAGACUCUCCACCUGUAUUGCUUACUUGCCGUCUAAAUUGCGCUUAAGUUAUAGCGCACUUUAGCCUAUUUAGCCUUUAGUUCUAUGUUCAACCC